CGUUCCCUUUUUUCCCCAUCGUUCACUCAAAUACCGGUUGCGGUUCCCUUCGCCCCUACCUUUAGUGACGGUUUCUCUGCUCUCUCUCUCUCUUUUUUUUUCUUUUUUUUUUUACUUAGUCCUCCGGAUUAUGCCUUGCUUCUUGCAACGAUAGCAUGGCAGCAGAUGACCGCAGCCCGGAGGUUAAGGCGGUUGCGGCCGUCUUUAUGUCCGUGGCCUGCAUUGCGGUGAUACUGCGAUGCUAUGUGCGCGGAUGGAUUGUUCGAGCGUUUGGGAUCGAUGAUUGGGCGAUGGUGGUUGCGAUGUUAUUUUACUGCAUGUUCUCCGGAUGUAUGAUAGGAGGAGCCAUCUACGGCACUGGUCGACAUUUCAGUGUCCUGGAUGCGCACCAGCGGGUGACAGCCAUGAAGUACUGGUGGUUCUGCGAAAUCGCAUACUGUUUCUCCGCCAUGGGCUGCAAGAUCUCUGUGUGCAUCUUCUUGCUGCGCAUCACCGUGAAGCGCAUGCAUAUCUGGAUCCUGCGCAUUGUGAUGGUGUUGACCGUCGUCGCCGCCCUGGUCUUCAUGUUCCUGAUGCUGCUGCAGUGCAAGCCCGUCUCCUAUUUCUGGACGCGCAAGGCAUUCGACGACAGCAUUCAUGGGGUCUGCAUUAAUAUGGAGAUCAUCAUCGCCAUGACCUACGUGUACAGCGCGUUUGCGGCGCUGUGCGAUUUCACCGUGGGCAUCUUGCCGUUUUUCAUUGUCAAGAACCUGCACAUGCGGAAGCAGACCAAGAUGGCGGUUGUGGGCAUUCUGGGCAUGGCUUGCAUUGCCUCAUCCGCGACGAUCAUCCGCAUUCCCUGGGUGCACACCUUUAAUGACCCGGACUUUCUCUAUGCCACCGUCGAAAUCGCUCUCUGGUCCAACAUCGAAACCGGCCUCGGAAUCACGGCCGGUAGUCUCGCGACCCUCCGCCCCCUCGUCCGCCACUGGCUGGGCUCCCACUCCGACCCCAACUACUACGACCGCUCGCCCUUCGGCGGCCCCUCCGGAUCGCGUCGCAUCGGCGGCGGUGCCAGCAACAACCCCCACCACCAUGCCCGAUCUCACGAACGCCCCAUGCCGCUGGGGUCGCUCGACGAAGCCGCCGUGCAGGGGCGCCUGCGCCCGGACAAGCUGGCGGUGACGGUGACCACCAUCCACAGCCAGCGGGGGCCCGUGACUUCGUCGAACAGCAGCGAGGAGCAGCUCACAGCAGGGCUGUCGGGCGAACGAUCGCCCAGCAGCAAGGAUAGCCGAGGCCGCCGUGACCGCGACCGCGACACGGGGUCGCAUCCGGGCUCCGCCGGGGGCCCCGGCGGCGGCGGCGGCUUCGGCGGGAUCCAGCGCACCUUCGAGGUGACGCAGACCUCGUCGGCCGGGGAUGAUUCGUGUCAUGAGCAUAGUAUGGUGUAAAGGUUUUUUGUUUUUGCGUGUACGACUACUGUACAGAAUUAUACCCUCGGUUGUAUUUGUCUGGUCUGUGGGAUGGGAUGGAUGUAUAUACCACCGAAGUUAUGACAUUUUCCUUUGUUAUGUG